AUGACUGUGAGGAGACUGUCGGGAGAAAUGUCUCAUCACAGUAAGGACGUAAGGGAGCAUAUUCCAUACGUCCUUCCACUGGCUCUGCACGGCUUCUCCGUGGACAAAAGCGGAGCACACUGCGAGGACGCGCUCCGACUCGGACUGCCCUUCCACAUAGACGCUGCAUACUUCGACCCCGCGCACGGCCAGCGGUCACCCUGCAGACGAUUAUCAUAUUUCCCCCUUCACGUCCCACUGGGUGUGUGUGAUUAUUCCUUCGAGCCUGCGUUUAUUCGGAAAAGGAACGAAAGGGAGCGACAUCGCGUGCGCUGCGUAAACGAAGGUUACGCCCGGCUCAGAGAGCAUCUCCCGCAGGAGUUGGAGGACAAACGGCUCAACAAAGUGGAGACACUGCGGGCGGCUAUCGAUCAUAUCAAACGGCUGCAGAGCCUGCUGGAUGUAAACGCGUCCGGGUCGGAGAUGCCACUCGGAGACGCGCGUAACCGUGCGCCGCUCAUACAGAGGAUAGACUGCAGUAGUGAUGGAGAAUCCAAAACUGGCCUCAAUGGCAGUGUGGGAAUAGUUUACUAG